AUGGAGGAUACUUCCAAGUCACUACUCCCAUUCAAUAUGUUCGCUAAGUGCAUCAUUGCCCUCGUUCUCUGCUCCAUGAUGAUUGGAUUCUCUCAUCAGCAAGUGGUUGUUCCAGCCUAUUCAGCAGCCUAUUAUCCAUCUGCAUAUGCCUACCCAUCUGUCUAUUCUCCAUAUCUUACUGCUGCUGCUUAUCCAUCUGUCUGGGCGUGGGGAUCCAAUAAGAAUAAGGCCAAUGCUGGAAAUGAGAACGCACCAGCUCCUUCUUUGGUGAACAACAAACCUUUCAGUGCUUAA